UAAAUAAUCCCUCUUUCCCCUUCGCUACCAUGCCGCAGAGCACACUUUUUUGUUCCCAGGGAAGGAGAGAACAGUGAGGUGUUAUUGUCUCAAGUCCUCCCUUUUGCUCUCUCACCCCCUUUCUCCGAAAGAAAAACCCCCAAAACUAUCUCCUUUUCUCCUCCCGAUUCGCUAAGGACUUCCUCUUCUCCUCUCCCUCGUCGUCCUCUCUCCCUCUCUGCGCCUCCCAAGAUGAGCGGCGGCUUUAGGGUUUCGAUCCCCUCCAACGUCCGGAAGACGAUCCAGAACAUCAAGGAGAUCGCCGGCAACCACAGCGACGAGGAGGUGUACGCAAUGCUUAAAGAGUGCGCCAUGGAUCCCAACGAGACCGCCCAGAGGCUCCUCCUCCAAGAUACCUUUCACGAGGUAAAAAGGAAGCGUGAUAAGAGAAAAGAGAACAUCAGAGAGCCUGCUGAUUCUAGGUGGAGGCCAGGAGUGCAGGGGCGAGGAGGUAGGAGUGGUCGGGGAAACUAUUCUUCACGCUAUGCAUCUAAUGAUAUUGUUGGGGAAAGGAAUGUUACUUCUGGAAAGGAGAACGGAGUAAAUCAAGGCACAGAGGGAGCCAAUAAAUCUUUUUCAUCUGUUAAUCCUGAUACUGAGAACAAAUCUUUAAUCUCCAUAUCAAGCUCUAUACCUGGCCUGGCCAAUGGUCCCGGCAAUGUGGAUCACCCUAUUUCAUCUCAGGAAUGUUCGUUGCAAGUAUCUGGUGUCAGUCAGAUUGCUUCCAAGGAAGAAAGUUCUGCUACUGGAACCAAUAAGACAGGGAAAACCUCAUUGAUCUCCGAUGAUGUAAAAACCAGUUCUGCAUCUGGACAAUUUGUACCAGGUGCAAGCCAAUCUGUGCCAUCCAAGGCAGCAACUGUAUCUGGGGUAUAUGCUUCAUCAUCAGACCCUGUGCUAAUGCCAUCUCUUGAUCCCUGUAACCCAGGUGAAGUGGGUACCAUCAAACGUGUGGUUGGAAGUCAGUGGACUGUUGUGGAAGCGACAAACAAGGCUGCAUCUCGUGAUAUAUCUGGACCUGACUUGUCAUCUGUAGGAGGAAAAAGUCCUUCUGCAAUUAGUCGUUCUUCAGUACAUGGCCGGGUGCAAAUUAGAUCACAAGGAUCUCGAGUGAACCAACUCUCAGAUACAUCACAUGCUGCAUCUUCAUCUCUCUCUGGUCCUCCAGGCAGCAGACUGUCUUCUACUUACAACAGCAGAUCACAACAGCUAACUGAUUCACAGAAAGCAGUUGUUGCUAAUAAAGAGUGGAAACCAAAAUCAACACACACAAAUCCUGCUCAAGCAUCUGGAACGCCUGUUACUUGUGGCGUAUCAACUGUGGUCGAAGCUGUUACUGAGUCACUGCCGGUGCCAGGUGCAGUGGCAUCAGAAAACACUACUUUAAAGCUGGAAAAAAGGCUAGAUGAGCUGCAGCUAUCGGACAGACAACAUGUCAUCAUUCCAAACCAUCUUCAAGUCCCAGAGUUUGAAAGGCAUGGUUUGAAUUUUGGAAGCUUUGAUUCCAGUUUUAACCCAAGCACGGGUUCUGCUAACGGCACUGCAAGUGACAAGAGCACUAUGCCACCGUCUGAGUCAUCUCAAGAGAUUGAGGAAGAUGUUGAGGAUGCUUCUUCAAGCAGUCAUGAUGCAUCCCCAGAUGCUCAAGAAGUGGACUAUCCAGAUCGUCCCCAGUCAUCUACCCAGGUGCCAGAAAAUUUUUCAACAAGGGCAGCUGACAUAUCCUCCAGUGUCCCUCCAGCUCCAGAAUAUGUUCAAUCCAAACAAGAAGCUGCUAUGGCUCCAGAAGGUCCUCAGUACUCAGCUGUGCAUACUGCACCUAGUUAUUCAGCACUUGGGUUGGUGCCGCAAAUGCUUGGUAGCCAAUUAGCACCCUUUGAAAGCUCCGAGUCUCAGGCACGUGAUACUACUUGCGUCCCAAAUUUUGUGCAGCCUUUUGAUCCUUCCUCAAGCUACUACACCCAAUUCUAUCGACCUACUGCUGAUGCUGAGGGCCGGUUCUCUCCUUUUCUUGCACCUGGUGCCACUGCUAAGUAUAAUGGCAAUAUUGCAGUCCUACCUGCUCACACUGGCCAGGCUGCUCAGGAGAGUGGGAACUCUGUGGUCUUGUCAACAGUUGGGUCUACUUCUCUUUCUGCUCAAGCUGUUGGGGUUAUGCAGAGUUGUGUUCCUGUUCCCCAGCAGCCAGUUCCUGUUUUCCGGCAGCCUGCUGGUGUACCUAUAUCACAUUAUACUCCCAACUAUAUUCCAUAUAAUCAAUAUUUCUCCCCAUUCUACGUUCCACCCCCUGCCCUUCACCAUUUUCUAAGCAACGCUGCAUUCCCUCAGCAACCUCCAACAGGCAGCGUAUAUCCACCUCCCGGAGCUUCUGCAGCUGCCACCCCUGUUAAAUAUUCUAUUUCUCAAUACAAGCCUGGUACCAACACUGGUAAUUCAAACCUUGUUGGGAUCCCAACUGGCUAUGGAACAUAUAGCUCGAGUCCAGCUGGCUACACUCCUAAUCCUGCUGGGAGCAUUGGCAACUCAACUGGCAAUGAGGAUCUCACGGCAUCUCAGUUCAAGGAAAAUAACGUCUACAUGCCCGGGCAGCAGCAGAGUGAAGGUUCAGCUGUCUGGAUUCCUGCAGCUGCUGCGAGGGACAUUUCUAGUCUUCAGGCCAGUUCAUUCUACACCAUGCCUCCACAAGGACAGCAUAUGACAUUGGCACCCACACAAGCUGGCCAUGGCGGCCUCAGUGGAAUUUACCACCCCACCCCAACUGUCGCUGCAGCUGCUGUUCAUCCGCUACUCCAGCAGUCCCAGACUGUGGCUGGUGCUGUCGAGAUGGUGGGCCCACCUUCCGGUGUUUAUCAACAGCCACAACGAGCACAGGUAAACUGGACUAAUAAUUAUUGAAGACAGGAAAGUGAAUCCUUGUAAAUGGUAGCCUCUUAAGAAGCAAAACACAUAUUUCGAUCCUGUGAAAUUUGGAGGCUACUAUUGGUCUCAGGAAGAACAUAUUCGGCGCAGGGCAGCCUGAUCAAAGAGUGUGAAUAUAUAGAUAUAUCUAAAGGAUGGCCAAACUGCACAAGAUUCCAGGUUGCUUUGAGAAUGUGAGAUUAAUAGUCGUGGUUCACCUGUGACUGAUGCUGACCAUUUUUAUGUUGAGAGAUCUGGUCAGGUUCCUUUGCUAGUCUGCUGCUCGUUCUUUAUCAUUUGCCCUUUUUUCUCUCUUGAUCUUUUUAAAUUACCGUCAGUGGUGAAAGGCGUGAUUUUCUUUUCUUUGUAUCCCUUUAGAUGAGGUUAUAGUAACUUUGGGAAGGUAAGAUUUUAAAUUAGUGGGGUUUCAUUCUUUCCACUGCCUUACCUGUAAAGUGGAUUUUGAUAGUAUUAAGGAUGUAUUACAACUGUUGUAUGUGGUGUAAUGGAAGCAGCAGCACAUUCCUUUCUGUUUCCUUGGACUUGCAAUUAAAAAUAACUAUGCUUGAA